GAUUAGCUCCGGUUGGUCAUGGUGGUUCUUGGGUUAGGUUGCCUCCAUUGAAUUUUGUGAAGAGGGUUUAUUUUCUUUUGUCGGAAAAUAAAGAAAACUGCAGGGUUUGUGUUGUUUUAUUGUCAGAUUUAUGUAUAACAUAUACUAGUUUGCUGCCGACAACUAUUGGACAAGAUGAGCGGAGGAGUAUAUGGGGGAGAUGAGGUUGGUGCUCUUGUCUUUGAUAUUGGGUCUUACACAGUAAGAGCUGGAUAUGCAGGCGAGGACUGCCCAAAGGCAGAUUUCCCAACACACAUUGGGAUGGUGCUGGACAGGGAAGAUGGGAGCACGCCAAUGGAGACAGAUGGAGACAAAAGCAAACAAGGAGGCACCUCCUACUACAUUGAUACCAAUGCACUGAGGGUAGCAAGAGAGAACAUGGAGGUCAUGUCGCCUUUGAAAAACGGCAUGAUUGAAGACUGGGACAGUUUCCAAGCCAUUUUAGAUCACACAUACAAGAUGCAUAUUAAAUCGGAAGCAAGUAUGCACCCUGUACUGAUGUCAGAAGCCCCGUGGAAUACGCGAGCUAAGAGGGAGAAGCUGACCGAGCUGAUGUUUGAACAUUACAACAUCCCUGCAUUCUUCCUGUGUAAAACAGCAGUCCUCUCAUCAUUUGCCAAUGGGCGAUCAACAGGGUUAGUGUUAGAUAGUGGAGCCACACACACCACAGCAAUUCCUGUUCACGAUGGAUACGUGCUGCAACAAGGUAUUGUAAAGUCGCCUCUAGCUGGAGAUUUCAUCAGCAUGCAAUGUAGAGAGCUAUUUCAAGAAUUAGGUGUUGAAAUAGUUCCUCCUUACAUGAUUGCCUCAAAGGUGAGACCUGCUAAAGAACCUGUGCGAGAAGGAGCCACUGCUAACUGGAAGAAGAAAGAAAAACUACCUCAAGUGACAAGGUCUUGGCAUAACUACAUGUGUAACACUGUGAUCCAGGAUUUCCAAGCCUCAGCCUUACAAGUCUCGGAUUCUCCGUAUGACGAGCAAGUGGCUGCACAGAUGCCUACAGUUCAUUAUGAAUUGCCCAAUGGCUAUAACUGCGACUUCGGAGCCGAGCGAUUGAAAAUUCCAGAAGGCUUGUUCGAUCCCUCAAAUGUGAAGGGUCUGUCUGGAAACACCAUGCUGGGUGUCGGCCAUGUGGUGACAACCAGCGUUGGAAUGUGUGAUAUUGAUAUCAGACCAGGUCUGUAUGGCAGCGUGACAGUAGCUGGUGGAAACACACUCAUACAGGGCUUCACAGAUCGGCUAAACAGAGAGCUAUCCCAGAAAACUCCUCCUAGCAUGCGUCUGAAACUAAUAGCAAACAACACCACAGUGGAACGCAGGUUCAGUUCUUGGAUUGGAGGCUCCAUACUGGCUUCCCUGGGUACUUUUCAACAGAUGUGGAUCUCCAAGCAGGAAUAUGAAGAAGGAGGAAAGCAGUGUGUUGACAGAAAAUGCCCGUAAACACAGACCUAACACACUAUUGCCUUUAGCGGUCAAAACAACACAGAUUUAGUCGAUAGCCUUCUACAGUGUACUCAGGAACACCAAGGACAUUUUCCCACAUUUUUGUAGAUUUUUUUUUUUUUUUUAAAUUUUAUUAUUGCAGCGGCUUCUUUUGUACUUUUAUGUAGAAAAUGCUUUGUGGUUAAAUAAGUAAUUUGUACUGUCACAGUACACUGGUGAUUCUUUGCAAUUUUCUUACUUCAAGGCCAAAUGUUUUGUUGAAAGUUCUGUUGAAUCUUCCACUUUUAACUUUUUAUUUCUAAAUAGAACUUUUUUUUAAAAACCUCUAUUUUGAUAUCAAACAGUAAUGCAUUGACAGAACUCAAAUAUUUACAACUAGCUUGGUAAUUUAAACAACAUAAACAUUUUUUUAAAAAGUAACUAGAGGGCACAUUUGGGGUUAUCCUUCGGUAAGAAUGCUGUCUCUUCUCAGGACACUCGGGUUCAAAGUCUACCGAUAACAGCAUUGUUGCUGAACAUGUAGUUUCUUUUUUCAUUAAGCAUUUCCACUAUCGGCACUUACUGGCUUGGAGCGUAAAGCGAUAUUCCUUUAUGUGGCUGGUUAGUGGAUAGAUUACAUUUUCCUUGCAAUGCUUCUAUUAAGAUGAGAUAGUGUGAGUACAAAGCAAAUUGGCCACCACAAAUAUUUGACUCCUGUCUGCAAUGUUAUUGUUAGUUUUAAUAAUGUUGAGGUUGCACAGCCAAUUUGCUGCCACUGGAAAUAAAGUGAUGCUUUUUUUUAUUA